GCUGAUCCUGCAGUUUGUCAUAGUAUUUCCUGCAAGCUCAUUUCUUCGUAUAGACCGUGGGGGCUGGACAAACACAGGGCUCUAUACACAAGGAGAGAAAGAUCAAAAGAGCUGGGAUGCGAUCAUUCCAUCGUCUAACGAAUGAACAUGUGACCUAUAGAUAGACCUUGACAUCCAGGUAGUGAGGAAAAAGCACCGGUACUACCAACUUCGGAGAAGAUAGAAUAUAUCCUGGAUUAUAUUACACUAGAUCAACUCGGAAUCUGAAACCAUGACCUUCCCACCUGCGGCGACUGAGAAUAUCGAAUGGACGAAAUUAGGGCUCGCCAUGACAGACAUGGUUAAUGGCCAUGUGGAAUCAACCUUUUCCGUUGAAACAGGCUCUUGGACAGCGCCCCGGUUCGUCGCUGACCCGUAUCUCCGGAUACACGGUCUGUCCCCGGCCCUCAACUAUGGACAACAGGUUUAUGAGGGGAUGAAAGCCUAUCGCUCGACAACGAACCAGAUCCUCCUCUUUCGCCCACAAUUCCAUGCGGAGCGCAUGCAACAUUCUGCCGACGUGGUUUCCAUCCCCCCUGUGCCGACCGAGCACUUUCUGGCGUGCGUGAACCUCGCUGUCUCGAAAAACGCCGCAUGGGUUCCUCCCCACUCGAGCGGCGCCGCCUUAUACGUCCGCCCCGUGCUCCUGGGCUCCGGGGCACACUUUGCGUUGACCCCUCCCGCCGAAUAUACGUUCUGUGUGUAUGUGCAACCAUUCAGCACGUAUCAUGGAAUCGCUCCGCUGCCGGCGGUCGUGCUUGAAGAGUUUGAUCGCGCGGCGCCCCGAGGAACGGGCCAUGCGAAGAUCGGCGGCAACUAUGCCCCGGUGAUGAAGUGGUCGGAAAAGGCCAAAAAGGAGGGAUUCCCUAUGACACUGCAUUUGGACAGUGCGACCCGUUCCGAGAUCGAUGAAUUUUCCACGUCUGGAUUCUUGGGGGUGAGGAUGGACGGCGAUCGUCCGGUGUUGGUGGUACCCAAGAGUGAAAACAUCAUUAGGAGUGUGACAUCCGAUAGUUGCAUGCAGAUUGGCCGGUCCUUGGGAUGGACCGUGGAGCAUCGUCCGGUCAAAUACGAGGAACUCGCGACCUUUAGGGAGGUCAUGGCAGUCGGCACCGCAGCCGCUUUGGUUCCCAUUCAGUCCAUUACCCGCAAGUCGUGCGACGACCGCUUCGUCUACACAGAGGAGAUGACCGCGGGCCCCAUAUGCCAGCAACUGUACGCCGCGCUGACGAAGAUUCAGCGUGGUGAGAAUGCAGACCGGUUCGGUUGGUGUCAAAAGAUGAAGGAAGUGUCAGAUAUAGUUUCUAUUUGA